CAGGAUGUUGCUUGUUAACAGGUUUCAGACGCAAAACCUCAUGUUUAUACUAAGCCAUUUCACAAUUUCUUUUGUUAAACCUUAAUAUAACUUUUGUAUAUUAAUUUGGAAUAUUUUCACAAAAUUAUGGAGCUAACGGCAGUUUCUGUUGUUCCUAAGAUAACACAAAUUCACAUGGUGCAGAACCAGCUCCAACCUACGUACCAGUAUGCCCAGACGCCUGGCCUGGAGGAGUACCAGCCCGUCAUGGUUCAGACCCCUGCAACCUCGCUUCCUGCAGAAUUUAAAAGCGAUCAAACUGUGUUCACGUCUACUGCAAUCUCCUCCGCAGUGACAGCCAAUGGUGGGGUAGAACAGCAGACGGUAAGGAGCAGGCCCACCAUAAAUCAGACAGAGUUGGUAGAGGGUGAGGGCGGCCAACAGAGUCCAAGUGAGGCUGGAGGGAAAGUGGAUGUCGCCUCCCCUUCAUCCAAUGCUGCACAGGGACCAAAGAGACUCCAUGUCUCAAACAUACCCUUCCGCUUCCGAGAGGCAGACCUCAGAAACCUCUUGGGGCAAUUUGGCCCUAUUUUGGAUGUGGAGAUUAUUUUCAAUGAGAGGGGCUCAAAGGGAUUUGGUUUCGUAACUUUCCAAACUAGUGCUGACGCGGACGGAGCACGUGACAAACUCAACGGAACAGUGGUAGAGGGACGGAAAAUUGAGGUCAACAAUGCCACUGCUCGUGUUAUGACCAAAAAAACUGCUGUCGCACCCACUAUACCAAAUGUAAUAUCGCCAGUAUCAGCUGCUGCCUUACGAGGUGUGGCGCUGACCCGGGGCCGAGCCACAGCCCUUGCAGCCCGCGGAAUGGGCAUGUACAACGCAGCAGCCGCCGCUCAGCUACAGGCUGCAGCCCUCCGACAGCAAGCACCCAUGCCCACAGCCACCGCCUUGCCAUAUGCCACCAUGCAGUAUGCCCAAAUUGACCCGGCACUGCUGGCAGCUUACGGUGCUGCAGACCGCUACCAGAUAGUCUCAUCCCAACCCAUGGCUGCUGGCAUACCCCUCUCCGCAGCCAGAUACGCUGUCCCUACCAUGGGUGGGGGCGUCACCUACACUGCUGCAGGGUACCCAGGUCGUGAGCUGGCAGCUGCCACCGCAGAUCCACUUCUUGGUCACAGUAUUGGUCCAGUCCCUGGAUAUGGGGCUGUGUACAGAGGUGCAUACCAGAGGUUUACUCCAUACUGAUUAGUUGGACACAAGUCAUGUGAUCUGAUUGACCAAUAAAAAUUGUCUUGUGCUGGUCAUGUGAUCUAUUAGAUCUGUGAUUGAUGGAGGAUCAAAUCUGGCAAAAGAGAAGCAAUGGACUUCAACAAAAAUCUUUUGCAUCUUUGUUACCUGAGUAUUAAAACACAGAGAUUUGACUGAAAGUGCAGAGUGCAAUGUACAAUUAGUUUUAACAGUGCUUGUUCGGUGCUCUAGGUUCUAUUAUUUAUAUUAACUUGUUAAUGUGCACUGUUAAUUGAGAUUUUAUUACUAAGCUGCCAUGCUAUUGUUUUCUUAAUGCCACAUUCAAGAGAGUAAUUGCCAUUAAAAUAUUGUUAAGUAGAUCAGAACAGUUACUUAAAAGGAUCUAAAUCUUAUAAAAAUCAGAAGUAAAAUUGACACCUGAGUUAAUGAAAAUAUAGAUUGGAAAAAGAUUUUAUUUUUGAAGAAAUGAACAAGGAAACGUAAGAAUUGAAACAUUUUCUGUGGUACUUCAUACAGACAGCAGGCAGGAGUAUAAAUCAAAAUACACUAUUGAAAUAGUUCUUCCAUUAUUUGAGUGUCGACUUGCUGUGGACAUAAUACAUUAUUGCGCAAUACUCAGAUGGCAUGCUUUAUCUAGAACAAAUAUCUAGUCAAACUUUGUAUUUAUAUUUUAUGUACCUCAUUUAUAAGUUUUAGUUUUUGUCCUUUUGGAUUUUCUCUAUGAAUCUUUAAAUCACAACUGAAAGAAAAUGAUAUGGAGCUGUUUGAAUAAGAACACGUGAAUGAUAUGUGUGAUUAUUAACUUGAGAGGCAAUACAUCAAUAUAAGCUCACAACAACUUGAAAGCAAAAAUGUUUCAGAAUAAACUACUGAUACUGAAAUCCCUCCAUAAAAAAGAAAUCUUAUCAACAGUAUUUCAUGUUUAUUUAAUAGUAAUGUUACAGUCAGUCAUUUCACAUUUUAUCAAUUUUUCUCCAUAAUGUUUAUUUUUCUUUUUUUGGUAAAUGUGUUUGUGUGUUAGUGCACACUACUAAUUACUCAUUAAGCAUCUGUUACACAAGUCACUCCUAACUCUUGAUCUUCGCAUUAAUUAUUUAUUACAUGCAAAGGGACUUCCAUAUAAUUCACUACAGUUUUGUUGUUAUGUUUACGAGUAUUGGGUGAUUGCAUGGAUCUUUGCUCUAGUCUUGGCAAUUCCUUAGGGUAGUCAUAAAGAUCUAAUUUUCUUUGUAAUGCAGUUUUUACCUCUGGUGAACAUUUAAGGUUUUCUAGCUUAAAGGCACUGAAACAUUAUUGAGAACAUCGGUAUCAAUGUUCAAAUUUUACCUGAAGUCUUUAAUUUUGUAAAUAAGUUGAAAUGUCCUCAUCGGAUCAUAUUGAUUGGGUAUUUUUCAUUAGAAAUAAAUUCUGUCUUCCCAGCUUGAAAGGUAAUUGAAAAUUUUACUGUCAUUGCAACAUACGAUUUUAGGAAAUUUCUUGCCAAAAUAUCUUGCCUCUGUUUUGAAGUCUGCCAGUUGUGCAAGCUAUUGUUUAACGUCAUCUGUGUUAAUGUAUUAUUAUUAUUAAUAUUAUUAUUACUAUCAUUAUGAUGUGGUUUGUUUGUAUUUUAUUUGUAUGUUUGUGGCACAAUAUUGCCAUUUGUUUUGAAUCUCUAUGUAAGUGCUAAACUGUACUUAUUCAACUGCAUUUUUUGUUCAGAGACAGUGUUGGAGUCAAACAAAUGUCCUUGUUGUGAAUCAUUGAUCUUGUACACAUAAAGGCUAAUUCUGUUAUUAAACGUAGAUUUUUUUCCAUUUUUGUUUGGAUUAUAAAAACACAAACCAAUUGAUCAUGAGAUGCUUUAAUCUUAGAUGACCAUUCAAACUGCAAUAUGUUUCAAAAUUAGGCUUUUGUGCAAUAACACUUGGAUCUCAGUUGAUAUUAGCUGAAUCUUCUUUAUUCAGACACCUACGCAGUCUUCUCUCUUUAUGUCCAUAUUGAGCACAUCUGUCUGUCUUUGUCAAGUACACUUACCUCUGCCUCUGUUAAAAGUAUUUUGUUUAUUGCAUGGUAUCCAUCACAGGUCCAACAGUGUCUCUGAACAUAUUGUUCACAGGUCUUAACUGUGAGUAUUGUCUAUUGAACUGUUAUGAUAUACAUUGUUAGUCUAGCCAUAUUUACCAGGCGAAGCCCUGGAAGUUUUACUCUUAUGUGCAAAGUUGUAUUACAAACUAUUGCACCUAUGUCUGACAAGUGUAUUGUUGGAAUAUAUGACUUUUACAGUGCCAGUUUUCAUUGAAUGCAUCUCAGCAUUUUCUAGCUUUAAAAUAAUGGUUACCUUGUAUUACUUCGGAAAAAAAAAUCAUGGGUUAUGUUGGGAAUAUAUUUAUAAAAUUUAUAUUCUAGCUUGCAGAUACAAAACAUUUAGAUUGUUUAGAAUACAUAUUCAAUAUUGGAGGAUUUUUUUAUACUAUAUGUGUAAAACAAGACCAUUAUUUUCCAGCUGUUGUUUACAUACUUAACUUCAUUUUUAUGUCUUUUAAUGUUUUAAUGUAAUAGUCAUUGAUAAUCAAAAUAAAUAAUUUAUUCAUUUCUUAAAUACAUGCAAUUUGAUAUUGAA